AUGGAAACCACAUUUCUUGUCAUGUUUACUUUCAUGUUCUUGCAAACAUUUGGUAGUAGUAACAGACACAUGAUGAUGACUUCAUCAAACGUUACAUGUUUUGAAAGAGAGCGAGAAUCCUUGCUUAUAUUCAAACGAAGUCUCACUGACAGAUUAAACCGUCUGUCUACAUGGACCGGAGUCGAAUGUUGCGAGUGGCAAGGGGUCGAGUGUGAUGUACUAAAUGGUCAUGUUGUGAAACUUGAUCUUCGAAAUCCAGCAUCUUUCACAUACAAGACCUUUUACAACGGCAACUCGCUAGGAGGUGAGUUAAGUGAUUCAUUACUGAAUUUGACGCAUUUGCUUUACCUAGAUCUGAGCUUGAAUAAUUUCUCGGGACGUAUUCCUGAAUUCUUAGGGUCAUUUAAACGCUUGGAUUAUCUUAAUCUCUCACAUUCUGGUUUUAGCGGUGUAGUCCCUCCUCAUCUCAGAAAUCUAUCAAGUUUACAAUAUCUUGAUCUUGCUAAUGAUAACUUGAUGAUCAAGGAUGAUUUGAGGUGGGUGUCUUCACUAUCGUCAUUAAAACACUUGGACUUAUCAGGGAUAAGCAUUGGUAACCAUACUGAUUGGUUCCAUCCAGUUAACAUGUUACCUUAUUUGCUUACCUUGAACUUGGCCUCGUGUCAUAUAAGUAUCCCUUCCAUAAAAUUUAUCAACUUAACGUCUCUCAUUUCACUCGAUCUCUCUUUAAAUUACAUCAAUUCUACCAUCCCUGUGUGGCUAUCGAACCUUACUAGCCUCAUGCAUCUAAAUCUUCAUGGUAAUUCUUUUCAUGAUCAAAUUCCUGAUUUUCUUGGAACGUUGAGCUCUCUUACUUCCAUCAACCUUUCGAAAAAUCUCUUUGAUACUUCAAUUCCAGAAUUGUUUUGGAAUUUGAGCAGCCUCGUCCGUUUGGAUCUUAGUCAGAAUAUGUUCCAUGGUUCGAUUCCUCAAAAUGUGAACCUAUGCAUCUUGACUGUUCUCAAUUUGUGGCAGAAUAAAUUUUCUGGAGAGCUUUCAAGUUUUAUUGGGAACUUGUCAGAUUGCAUGCUAACUAGUUUAAAGUAUCUUAACCUUGAGUGGAACGACUUCAAUGGAAGCAUGCCGAAUAAGUUUGGAGAGUUCAAGAAACUUGAACAACUUCUCCUUUCAGCAAAUGAAUUAUCAGGUCCCGUACCUCCAUCACUUGGUGGCCUAUCGUCUCUUAGACAUCUAAAAGUUAAUAGCAAUCAGCUUAGUGGGAGUAUACCGGCAAGCUUAGGAUCACUUUCGAGGUUAGAAACGCUAGAUCUUAAUAGUAAUCAGUUGAGUGGUAGCAUACCUGCAAGCUUAGGAAACCUAUUGAGGCUAGAAAAGCUUGAUCUCUUGCAAACCUCAAAAGCCUGGAUGUCUCUGACAACUCUUUGGUCGGGGUUCUUUCUGAAACUCACUUCACAAAACUUAAGAAUCUAA